CCCUCAGGCCUGAAGCUCAUGGGAGCCCCAGUGAAGCUGACAGUGUCGCAGGGGCAGCCGGUGAAGCUCAACUGCAGCGUGGAGGGGAUGGAGGAGCCUGAGAUCCAGUGGGUGAAGGAUGGGGCUGUGGUCCAGAAUGUGGACCAGCUGUACAUCCCAGUCAGCGAGCAGCACUGGAUCGGCUUCCUCAGCUUGAAGUCAGUGGAGCGCUCUGAUGCGGGUCGGUACUGGUGCCAGGUGGAGGAUGGGGGAGAAACCGAGAUCUCCCAGCCAGUUUGGCUCACCGUAGAAGGUGUGCCAUUUUUCACAGUGGAGCCAAAAGAUCUGGCAGUGCCACCCAAUGCUCCUUUCCAACUGUCUUGCGAGGCCGUGGGUCCCCCUGAACCUGUUACCAUUAUCUGGUGGAAAGGAAGCACGAAGGUUGGGGGACCUACUCCCUCUCCCUCUGUUUUAAAUGUAACAGGGGUGACCCAGAGCACCGUGUAUUCCUGUGAAGCUCACAACCUAAAAGGCCUGGCCUCUUCACGCCCAGCCACUGUUCACCUUCAAGCACUGCCUGCAGCCCCCUUCAACAUCACCGUUUCGAAGCUCUCCAGCAGCAAUGCUAGCGUGACCUGGAUGCCGGGUGCUGACGGCCGAGCCCUGCUCCAAUCCUGUACAGUUCAGGUAGGCUAAGAUGGGCUGGGCAUGCUUUCCUGGCUG